CUUCCACCCUCCGCCCCCUGUCCCCUUCCUUCUCCUUGGGCCCCAGCAACUCUCCGAAGCAGAAGGACACAGGGCUACCAGGGGCUGGCGGGGCAGGGAAGCCGUGAUGCUGUUCCCCAGCUCGCCGGGGGAGGCCUGAGCGCAGCGUUGCUAUAGCGACGGCACCCCCUGCUCCCUAGAUAAGGCGGGCGGGAGCAUCAGCUGCAGCCCCAGCCCAGAAAACUCCCGCUCCAGCCAGCCCUGACGCCGAACGUCUCCCUGCCCACGGCCUUGAACCGCUUCGCUCCGCAGGAACAGUUGCUCUUAUUCCCCAAAAAUAUAGAACAGAAGUUGCAAGUAAGACACUAUCACAGAGCUGUUGCUGGCUGAAGGGAGAUACCCAGAUCACUCAGACUACACCUUCAGUAGUAGCAUCAAAGGAGGAGAAAAGUCCAUUUCAAUGAUGUCAACAGAAUGUGUUCAGCCACUUGAUAUCCCAGAAGACAGAGUGGACAAGAGAGAUUCACACUGUAACCCUUUAGAAGAUCUUUCAGAGCAGCUGAUUAAGAGCUGUGACCUCAAAAAGAAACCAAGAAAAGUUAGGAUCAUUCCAGCUUCCCAAAACACUGAACAGGAGCAAAAAAAGCCAAGGAGAAAAGAUACACCGGCUUGGCACACCCCACCACCUUUAACAGGCAUAAUUGCAGAUUUUUCUGAUAAUCUGCUGAAAAGAUAUGGUAUCACAGAAAAGCCACAAAGAGAGAGAGUGAUUCCAGGCUCUCAGAGCACCGAACUGGAGAAGAAAAAGCCCAGAAGAAAAGAUACACCUGCAAUACACAUCCCACCCUUGAUAAUUGAAGGCACUAAGCUGCUUAGAGAAGAAAAGCAAACAGUGAUUAUGGAAGAUGAAGAAAAGGAUGGAGACACAAUCCCAAGUUAAGAUUACAGUGAUAUAUCCAGUAAUGCAAUGUAAAUAAUUCUGGGUCAUUCAAAGUGGCAGCAUAUAUAAAAAACCAGUCCUUUCAUUUUUUACAAAUAAUAAUUUUCCCAAGCAUGCACUUGAAUUUAAAUUAUCUUCAAGUGCUUAUCUGCAUGUCAUGAAAUCCCAGCAGGCAUCAUAGGAGAUGAUGACAGAAACUUCCCUUACAUAUGGGGUUGGAAGGAUUCUCUUGGUUUACUAAAGGCAUCUUCCCAGGAUUUUUGUCAGUAGAUCAGAUCUAGCUUUAUGCAGCAUGGAGAUAAGGGUUAACACUAAGGACAACACCAUUCCAAGUACUUGACACUAGAUACCAGAGCGGUUGGUGGCACAAAGCCAUAAAACAUCAAUUAAUGAUACAAAUUGCAUUUGUCUCCUGACAUUUCACAUCAUCAUCCAGCUUUCCUCUGCUGGAAGAGAAGAACACUGACUGCAGUGCCAAUUCCCAUGUGCAGAGCUGAUGGGAUAGAUAGAGAGAGUGGUGGGGCAGGAAUCAACCAUAGAGCUCCUGAAAUGAAAGCCAAACAUUUCCUCUGCUUGUAUAUCCUCCUCUUGUAUUUGUGAGGAGUUAAAGGUAGAUUUACUGUAAUAAAAAACUUUACAGCUAGGGGCUGUCAAGACAGACACAUCACACAUUAUGAAGGGCAGAACUCUAAGAACAGAAACACAUGCAAAGUGCAGUGCCUGCCUGUUAUCCCAAGGUAGGAUAUUGAUUUCUUUCUUCCUUGCAAAGGUUUUAUUCCUGGGCUGGUGAAAGAUAAGCUAGUUGGAUAGUUGAUGCUUUUACUCCAUAAUUUUUCUUUUGACAUCUGCUUUUUAAACUGAGUCUUAGGUUCUCAGUUAGGAGGGCCUGUAAAUAUUAAAAAUCACAGGGGGAGGCUGAAAAUCUGAGUGAAAGGAAUAGUGUUACACAAGGGCAUAGGCACACUGUAAGGUGGAAGCACCACACAAUUUUUUUUUAAUAGAUUACCUCGUCGAUUCAGUCAAGAAUUGUUUUCACAGACAGUUUACAGCCUUCAGCAUUUGUACAAACAGAGGCAAGUACUUGUAGAACAUUAUAUAAAGCAGGUAGAACUUGGCAGUUUUGUGCUUACCUUAAUAUCUCUAUGCACUAGGCAGAGCAGCACUGCCAGCUGGACCCUUUGGGAUCUCAGCAGGGAGGUUAAGGACUAUCUAGCCCAGCAGACUGAAAUUAGUUACAUUUAAUGCCCUUAGGCAGGUAUCUGAGGAGCACACUAGUUUGGACUUCAUUUGCCACGGUGACUGACUCAGCAACCUUCAUGAGAAUGCAGUCCAUUUGCAGAUACUCAGCUUCAAGAUGUAAUCAACAAGCUUCUAAUAAAUAGUCUUG